AUGACGCAUGCCAGUUCUACCAUAGACCUGGUUAGGACGAAUGUGUCAUCCCAUCUACGCGAAUCUGCAAACAUUGUCGUUGUGGGGCGCGGCAACCACAAGCAGAUGGUGGUCGCUAGCCUUUUGACGGCCCCUCGCUACCGCAUUUGGUGCCAAAGCCCCGAACUGCAUGGGAAUAUGAGUUGGCAGACUUUUCGUCGAGUUCUCCGCCUUCACUUUCCACACAUCCGAAACGCACGCAGGGACACAGAUGUGUGCAAACAUUGUAAACACUUCUCAGAUGAGUUGCUACCGCGUGCUGUGAAACUUGUAGGCAAGGUACGCAGUGUUCUUCAGCAGUUCUGCUCGGGCUAUUUCUCUUCCUACGAUUCUUCGAGUUCGACCCAACGUCUGCAAGCCGACAAGCAAGUGGUUGCUGAAAUCAAGUCCUUCAUGCAGUAUAUCAAUGUGAGGAACGCAGAUUCCAGCAAUGAUCCGUUGAGAGCAACUAUGACUCGUGCACAGCGCCUUUCCUUGCAUACGGCGGAGGCUGCUGCAGCUCACAAGCUGAAGCCUCAUGUCGAGAUACUCGAGGCUUACGAGUGGCAUCAGAUAACGGCGUCUAGGCAAACAGGCUUCAUCACUGAUCUUCGGUCUGGCGAGCUUCCGGCCAACACACUCCUGGUGCAAAUGGAUUUUAAGGAAAACGUGAAGUACCCCAUGAGCCCCAAGGAAACCAGUGAGGACUGGCACGCCCAGAACAAACUGUCGUUGACAGUUUUUGGUGCCAACGCCCUUGCCCCGAAGUUGGGCGGUGGCCAUGUGGAGGUAUUUGUGCUGGUGGUGAGCGACGUCCUCGACCACGACGCCCAAGCGGGGUGUAUGAUGACGAACACUGUCCUGGCGCAGCUUAAACAACACCGGCAAGUCGAUUGGUCUGUCGUCUCCCACAUUCUUCUUGUCUGUGAUUGCGGGCCCCAUUUCCGCAGCAAGGAAAAUCUGGCACACUUCCUGUACACUUUGCCGCGGGCCUUGCAGGUGUCUGUUGAGAUAUGCUAUCUGGGCGAACAACACGGCAAAUCAGGCGCAGGAAGCACGCGUAUGAUGCAGGAGGAUGUUGGUGGCCCACAGUUCGUGAUCGUCAAGUUUCAGCCCGGUGACUACCGUCCAUCCAAACGCAUUUAUCUUCACGCGGACGGCCUCAAAGUGACGCGAACGUACUCGCUGAUUUCAUCAUUGUCGCACCUCACCGAAACUGGAGUUUCUAUUCGCAACAAGAUCUUUUCUGACAACCCCCCCGGCAUUUUGUUGACAUGGCAUUUGGAAGAAAACAACGCCGACCCUCCCGUGAAGUGGAGGGUCGGAUAUUAUGAUCAGCCGCGUUCUUGGGAGGAAUCUGGUCCCCAGCCCGGGGAGCAAAACAGCAUCACCCGCAAAUUCAUGGAGCAGAAAUCUCUUCGACCCCAUCCAUCUGUAAGAGCACGACCAUCCUUUUUGGACGCAUGUUCUUCGAAAGCACGUUCGCUCCAGAAGGCGGCCGCUAAGAAGCGCCGGAAGUUGAAGGCCUUGCGCGGGAACCAAGAGUCUGAAGAUGACAGCAGUUCCAGCGACUCUUCCUCCUCCUCGUCCUCCAGAUCCUCCUCCUCCGCCUCCUCGGCCUAG